CGGGAACGCGGCGAGGUCAGUUGCAUUUCGUGGCCCACGCGCGUAGUACGAAGAUGAGUGUGUUUCAGUUCUGGAAGCACGACGUGACAUCGCUCUGCGCCUCGCUGCAUGAGCUCCUCAAUGACGUGGCGACGCCAGACGAGAGCGACGGCAGCGAUUACGAAGACGAGCCCCAAACCGACGUGAUCAAUGGCCGCGUCGAGCGCCUCGUCGCCAAGCUGCGCCACGUCUUUUAUGGCACAUUGGACCAACCGGUCAAGGAGGAGGAUUGCAAGCAAGUCGCCGAGAUGCUCUCGCGCUCGCAUGUCAUGGCGCGCCUCGUGACGCCGUCGCUCUUAUCGCAGCUCUCGUUUGAGACGCGCAAGUCGGUGGCCGCGCUCUUCCGCGCCCUCGUGCGCCGCGACCAAGCAUCGAGCAUCGUCUGCGACGUGGCCCUCAUGACGCGCCUCGCGCAAGGCUACACGGCGUCGACCGACACGGCGCUCGUGUGCGGCAGCAUGCUCCGCGACUGCCUCGAGCGCAUCGAGUGCGCCCAUGCGUUUCUUCUCAACAUGCCGGCCGAGCUGGAGCUCCUGGUGGCGACCGCAGCCACCCAUCCGCACUUUGAGGUCUCAUCCGACGCGCUCUCCAACAUUGGCCUCCUCCUCACGCACAAGCAGUCGGUGCCAGUGCUCCUCGCCGAGUUUGACCGCGUCUUCACGGCGCAGUACCAGACGCUGCUGCUGUCGGACAACUAUGCGACGCAGCGCCAUGCGCUUCAGAUCCUCUCCAAGGUGCUUCUGGACCCAAUGAACGGCGCGGUCAUGAUGAAGUACAUCUCCAAGCGCGACCAUCUCAAGACCAUUCUGCGCGUGCUCCGCCGGCCGAGCGACGCGCUGCGGAUGGACGCGUUCCAUAUCUUCAAGAUCUUUGUCGCCAACCCCAACAAGACGCCCGAGGUCGAGGCGCUACUCCUCCGGAACCGCGACAAGCUGCACGCGUACGUCAAGAGCUUUGGGGCGAUGCACCACGGAGGCAAGCAGCAGCCCGGGUUCGUCGCCGAGAUUCGGUUACUCCUCUUCACCCUCGAGCAUCUCGACCAGACGAAGCGCGAACUCGAGCCGCCGACGGACGACAGCCGGCCGCCCAAGAAGCAGCAAACUGCGACGCUUGUCCAAACCUUGUAAUAGUUAGACCCUAAUUUAUCGACAAAAUACCCACGUAGUACCGGUAGUAUAAAGUUAAUCCAAGUUGCCUUGAUCCUAG